AUGCCAUCGUUUCAGGAAAAGCUUGUUGCCGCAGCGUCACAGAACGCUCAACUACUAAAGUCACUAGAAGAGACCGAAUAUGCAAUAUCAGCGCUGGAACAGAAUACUGCAUAUGUAAAACAGCUAAGCAAUGAGUUGGCUGUAGAACAAGUCAAAUUGAAACAGGCCACCAAAGACGUCGCUUGGGAGUAUGCAGACCACGUUAAAUAUCGAGACUCUCAUAUGAAAAAAUUGCGAUACAAAUUAGGUGGAAAGAAAGACAAAUUCGAGGAAGAAGCUAGUAAAGAAGAAAAAGAGUGGCUCGAAGCUGUGAGUGUGGAGUUAAAACACAAAACCACCAUCGAGCAAUUAGAACCCAAACUCUCGGAAGCGAAAGCUUUAAAUUCACAAUUAUCUAGCAUCGCCGAAGUCCACCACGCAGCACAGAAAGAACUAGAUGAGUUAUACAACUCCCUAUUCGACGGGCCAACCCCCGAAGUCCCAGGAGAAGACGAGUUAGAAGAACAAACCAAAGACGCGGAAAAGGCAUUCCACGACGCCCAACUUCGUCUGAAUACAGAACAACAAGCCCGCUCAACCCUCCAAGACGCCGACAAAUCCCUCGCCCUCGCAAUCAAAGAACUCGACAACGCCAUGAAAGCCACUACCGCCGACGCCUGGGCCCUCGCGGGCGAAUUCGCAGCCAUGCAGAAAUACAACCUGCUCAACCGCGCGCAAACGCAUAUCUCGCACGUGGAGUUCCUGAUGAAUCAGGCGAGGGCUAUUCAGCCCGCUAUCAAGAGUAUCGGCAAAAUUGGUGUGCAAGAGAUGCAAUUCGUGAAUCGGAUCGUGUUUGAGGAGUUUAGUUCGAAUUCGGUGCCCAGGGCGAGGAUUGGGGAGUGUUUGAGGGUUUGUGGGGAGGCGAGGGGGAAUCUUGAGGGGGAGGUAGGGGCGGAGGAGAGGAGGGUUACGGCGUUGGAGUUUAAGUGUAAUGAGGCGCUUGGGAGGUAUGAGGGGAGGAAGAGGGAGUUGCAGAGGGUUAGGGGGGAGGCUUUUGAGAGGGUUGUGGGGAAGAGGGGAGUGGAGGAGGGAGAUGGAGACGGAGACGCGCCGCCGGGGUAUGAGGAGGCGGGAGGGUUGCCGGAGUAUGUGGGUUGA